AUGAUGGGAAAAAAUAAAAGUUCGGUUAAAAAAGUAGGAACUGUUGUUGAAAAAAUUUCUACUGUAACAGAAGAAAUUGUUAAAAAUAAAGAUAAUAUUUCAAAUCUCACGAAUGAUCAUUUCAAAUUAGUUAUUGGAACUGUUGGUGCUAUCGGCGAAGCCGCCAUGCCAUAUUUGCCAUUGAUUUCAUCAGUAUUAACAUUGACAGCAAAAAUUGUCAAGGCUUAUGAUAAUGCUCAAUAUAAUAAAAAAAGUUGUGCAGCAUUGAUUCAACGAGUGCAAUCAGCCGAAGUUGCAGUUAAAGUAUUGGAUAGACGCAAACAAGAAAAUCAAAAAAAUUUUCAUCAACAAACUUAUUAUAUAAACUUUGAAAGAUUUAUCACUAUUUUAGGAGACAUUGAAGCUUUUAUGACAGAUUUCACACGUUUAUCACAAUACAAAAAAUUUAUUUCUAAUCAUGUUAUUAAAGAAAGAUUUAUUGGAUUGAUUAAUGAUUUUGAUAGAGUAGUUCAUGAUUUAGGAUUUACAAUGAUCAUUGCAAGUGAUGAAGAUAGGAAAAAAGAGAUUGAAAUUUUAAAUAAAGAUAUUUCUGAAAUGUCAAAGUUCUUGCAAACAAUUGAAGCUGGUGUUACAACAAUCGAUAAAAAAAUCAGUCACGUGUUAGAACAUGUAUUAAUAUUACAAGAUAAAAAAAAAGAUAAAGAUUUUUCACCUCCAAUUAAAAAAAUACCACCCAAUGAAAUAAAAAUCGAAAGUUCUACUCACGAUAAAAAAUUACUUAAAGCAAGAUAUUUAGGAUGUAAUGUUGCAUGUGAUACCAUUAUCUUACCUGAUGAUGACAAACCUGGUUCACACAGGAUUAAUGCUCAAUUAGCCAUUUUAAGAAAUUUAGCAAAAAAUUAUGAACCAAAAAUUACAAAUUUCAGUUAUAGUAGGGAUCUUAAAGACAAUACAAUUAAAAUUGAAAACCAGAAAAAAAUUAUUCGUUGGUUAGCUCCUGAAAAAAUGCAACCAUCUAAAUAUGCACCAUAUACUAUUCAAUGUGAAAUAUUUAGCUUUGGGAUGCUUUUAUGGGAAUUGGCAUUUCAACAAUUACCUUACAAAAAUAUGGAAUUUUCACAGAUACAAAGUCAUGUUUUAAGUGGUAAAAGAGAACAUUUAGAUUUUACACUUGAUUUGCCAGAAACAGAAUUUGGAAAAAUUGUUAAUUCUGCUUGGCAGCAUGAUCCAACUUUGAGGCCAGAAUUAAAUUAUUUAUUUAAUGAUUUAGAAAAAAUUUGUACAAAAUUUGCUAAUGUUUCAGGAAUAUCAUCAUCUAUGGUUCUUGCCAAAAACAUUAAUGUCCUUAAUAACAAUAAGUAUAAUAGUAAUGACAAUGGUAUCUCAACUUCUGUGAUAACAACAAACACUGCUACCGCAUCAGCAACCCUUAAUGGUUUUGCUACAACAAGCACGCCAAAUUCAGAUAAUAUUAGCCCUAUAUUAAGAUUGGAAGAUGGUCUUGCAUUAGAUAAACAGGGUCAAAAAGAAAAGGCUUAUUGGAAAAAUUAA